AAUACACAACAAAACUUCUUUUGGCAUUGAAAAAGAAAAAAAUCUGUGGCUCCAUCUUGUUUUACUUAUUCCCUUAAAAAGCCAUAAAAAAUAAACUGCUCUCUCUGAGAUUUUACUAUAGGAAGGCAGAUUACCCUGUGUAAUGGCCACCCCUCCUAGUUCAUCGGCUGUUCGGGCUUUACAGCUCGAAUUAAAGAAGCUAACAGAAGAGCCAGUCGAAGGCUUUACAGUAGAAGUCCCUGAUGAGAGCAACACUUUUGAAUGGGAUGUAGCGAUUUUCGGGCCACCAGGCACUCUCUAUGCUGGUGGAUACUUUAAGGCGCAUAUGUCAUUCCCACACGAUUACCCAUACUCACCGCCGACAUUUCGCUUUUUGACAAAAAUGUGGCACCCAAAUAUCUACGAGUCGGGGGAUGUUUGUAUUUCAAUAUUACAUCCGCCUGUAGACGAUCCACAGAGUGGAGAGCUCCCUUCGGAAAGAUGGAACCCAACACAAAAUGUUAGAACAAUUCUACUUAGUGUAAUUUCGCUACUGAAUGAGCCAAACACCUUCUCGCCAGCAAAUGUUGAUGCUUCAGUUAUGUUCCGCAAGUGGAGGGAAACCAAGGGAAAAGAUUCAGAAUAUGAGAAAAUUAUUAGAAAACAAGUUCAGAGAUCAAAGAUAGAUGCUGAAAAAGAUGGCAUUCACGUCCCCACCACGGUGCAAGAAUACUGCGUCAAGGCUAAGCCUACUAAGUCGGACAGUGAUGACUUCAAUGACUUCUAUGACGAUGAUUAUGCCGAUGAUUUAGAUGAUGACGAUGAUGAUGAUGACUGCAUGGAGUACAGUGAGGAUUCUGGGAACGAGGAGACAUGACAAAUGUCAAGCAUACUAUAGCUCCCAAUCAAAGCUGUAUAUUUUGUUACUUGUAUGAUAACCUUUAAAUCGCGAACUCUUGAGGCAUAUGAAAUGUGCAGUUUGCAAGAAAGGGCCACGACAGAGGGCCCUAUUUCUGAAAGCUAUUCUUUAGUUCUGUAGCUCUUAGCUUGGUCAGUAACUCGAAUUUUUUGUCUCGCAUGUAGUAGACUCUCCCUUUGGCACUCACUGUGAGCAUUCAUUUAAGCCCGCAAUGGCCAAGAUGAUGUGCAAGAUGGUUUUUUUUAGAAAAGGUUCUAUAUUAAUACUGCCUUGAAUCCAGGAUACUUUAUUCAGUGUGAAAGAUGAAAGGUUAAAUUAUUAACAGAGAGGCAUCGUGCUAGUCAGAGCAAACAAAGUCCAUUAAAGAGCCAUCACUCUUAUACAUACACCCUAUUAUCAUAUCGUAUUACUGUGACAUCGUGACUGUAAGCGAUGUAAUGCCAUAUUGUAGAAUAAAUUGUGUUAGUAGUGCCCGGAUUAACAGGUGCUCGUAGCUAUUGCCACUAUUAGUUUUUUUUAUAAGGGACUACUGACGGUAACAAGGACGAAUUUUUAUGACAUGGCUGACAGGAGAAAUGAUGUAGUCAUCAAAGUUCAGCUUUUCGACCGUCUUUUAUUUCUAUGGAUUUUUUUUUUCGCGAUGAUUUAGAUAAACCACGAAGGGUAAAGGUAAAGAAUAGCUUUCCAGGGUUUUGUUCAGUUGAGAUUGGUUUCAGUUGUAUAUAACAAGACCCCUGUGUAUUUCUAGUAAAUAGGUAUAUCGGUUGUUUGAUAUCUUUACAAAUUAUAAAGCAGGUACGACUUUCGGGAAGACGCAUUUUGAGAAUCGUGGUAUAUUCUGCAUGGUACAAUGCAUAUUAUUUCGUUUGUAGAGAUUUAUGUUCUAGUCGCAUCUGCUUUUUGAAUAUAUAAAAAUAAAUGUCAAUACACGCUA